AUGCGAACUUUCGGCAUCAGCCCAAACAGUGCAAGCGUCGUUCUACAAAUAGACGCAGGAAUAAUCCCUCGUAGUCAAAUUCCCUUCGAAGUAUACAAUAUCGGCAGAACUCCUGUAUAUGCAGAAACUAUCUACGGAACGAAAAUAUCAUGGCUUGGUUCUGUAUCCCAUGCGGAUGUCCUACCCGGUGAAACAAAGGUGUUGCCAAAUCAGGGAAGAUCAUAUUACGUGUUGGGAUUGAAAAUACACAAUAAGACAAAUGUCCGAGCGAUAAUCUCGAUCGAUCAAUCAUAUCCGGCCGUAUCAAGUCAUGAUGACGGUGGCAUCGACAUGAAUUACAGUGAUAUCCUGAAGAGUUUGGUUGCUGCUGGCGUGAAGUUCACUCCAACAGUAGGAAGCACCUUGUCUGAUUUGGUGAAAACCUUCUGGCCAGAAAAUAAACCCAGUAUAUGGCAGCAAAUCAAAGACAAAGUGUCAACUUUAAUAGAUUCCAGAAUACUGCAAACUGUCAAUGGGAUUCUCAGCGGCGACAUUAGGCAUUACAAGGAGAGGAUUAGCGUUCUUAUGUCAAAAUUGGACGAAGGACAGAAUUCUGCUUCUCACUACAUGAACAUCGCCGAGGAUUUGGUAGGUUUUGAGAAUAAGUUCUCUUUCGACUCUGGACAAUCCGAUUAUAAGCAAGUAAACGUCUACCUAUUGCCCUUGUAUUCUACUCUAGUGUUGAUGAAGGUAAAAUACUACGUUUAUGGUUUAAGAAAUGCACAAAAAAUAGGACUCACUCAGGAUAACUUGGCGGAUUUGAGAAGAUUUACAACAAGACUUAUUAAAGGCGAACAAGGUGUUAACAACUACAUCAAUGCCAUGUAUAAGGAAAGAGUGGACAACGCUUAUGCGACGACGAAACCAUCAGUAGUCUAUGACACAAUGAUGUCUGUGCGCACCUUCAUAGCAGUUAACGGCUUGGAAUACAUUCCUGUGUGGAACAGUCUUGUUGAGAAGCAAACCGAUGACAAUGUAUACAACGACGCCAUAUCUUACUCUGGUCUGUAUGGUAGUUUGAGUACGCAACUGAACAAAGAAGCCAUCCCCGAGGUCUUAUCCCAGCCCUUAACUCCUCACCUGGUAAACGGGAGGAGGAAUAAAUUGGUAUCUGUUGAAGUUUACAUCUGGCGUAUUAAUAACGGAGCUGGGGUUCCAAAAAUUGGAGGAUUAAAGUUGGUUUUUGAAAACAACGACACUUACACUAUGGGCACUACCUCUUGGGAGGUCAGUAAGGUUGAUUUUAAAGGGGCAAUUUUGAAUAGAUUGAUGGUGACGGGGUACGGAGCUUUAGAUCGAUUGACUUUCUAUUUUUCGGAUGGAAGACAAAUCACGGUGGGAACUGAUGAUUCCAGAAGUUCUACUACGUUUGAGUUGGAAGGUCACCACAUCGUUUCAAUGAUUUUGACUAGUGAUGAUUCCAUUCUUGGAGGCCAAGCGCAAAAUAUAGCCGUGUCUUACCAGCCGAAUGGCAGUUAG